GAUGAUCACAGAUGUGCAGUUGGCAAUCUUUGCCAACAUGUUGGGGGUAUCCCUUUUCCUCCUUGUUGUCUUAUAUCAUUAUGUUGCUGUAAAUAACCCCAAAAAGCUGGAAUAGCCACAUCACUGCAAUAGUGCAAAGGUUUGGACCAAUAAGAAAUGGAUUAAUUUGAAGGAUGGAAGCUAACUUGGAUGAAAUAAUGCAGGUUGAACUUUACCAGCACCACAGUGAACUACAACUGCAUUAAAUAUGAUUUGUAUUGAAGAAAAUAUGCCUUGUGAAUAAAUAUUUGCUGGAAAAAACUGCAAUACUUUGUGUUUAUUUAAAAUUGUCUUCCAUUUUGAAAAGUUGGGAAAAGAAUGUUUAGCUAUUUUGCUUCAAAUCAAACAGUAGUGCAAUAAAUUUAAUAUUAAUGUAAUAAUAAUUGUGAUAUUCUGCAAUAUGAGAUUUGCAACCUACAGUCCUUGUGCAGCUUUGAAAUUUAAGUUAUUGUAACACUGAUUUAUGGUAAGCUAACUUAGCAAAACCCUUUUGAAGCAAUCAUACUAUAUAUUGGAUAUGUGCUGAAUUCUGUGACCCUCUAACUGUAAAGUUUCUACUGCCACAAAUAUCAAAUUAAUGUUCAUCAAACUGAGUCCCAUUUUUUUUCAAAAUAAAGCUUUUAUUUCCA